GGCAAUCAAAUGCAAGACAAAAACAUAUCAUCUACACAAAAGUAUAUACCACAAGUCCACAACCUAUAUAUUCUCUAACUACGCUAGUUUCCGAAAUGAAUAACCUUGUUGUUUUCUUCGCCCUUUUUCUCUUGGUUUCCGUCUCUCAUGCUAUUGAGCUCGAUUUCUGUGUAGGAGAUACUACUCUUCCAAGAGGACCUCAAGGAUUUGCUUGCAAAGAUUCUGCUAAUGUUACGACAGACGAUUUUGUGUAUACCGGCUUUCGUGGUGAAAGGACCACAUCAACCAACGUUUAUAGAUUUAAUGUGACUCUUGCAUUUGUAAAUCAAUUCCCUGCUUUGAAUGGUUUGGGUAUUUCUAUGGCAAGGUUAGACUUAGGUGUUGGUGGAGUUAUUCCAGUACAUUCACACCGAACAUCAGAAGUUAUAAUCGUAACCAGGGGGUCCAUACUUGCAGGAUUCAUUGACGCAAGGAAUAACGCUUAUUAUAGAAGACUUGAGGUUGGAGACGUUAUGAUCUUCCCAAAAUCUAUGCUUCAUUUUCAAGUUAAUGUUGGUUCAAUUCCAGCUAUUGCAAUUGUUAGCUUGAACGGAGCAAAUCCCGCGGUCCAAUUCACUAUGAACUCCUUAUUUGCUGGAAAUUUACCUGCUAAUAUGGCUGAGCAAAUCACUCUUCUAAGUAACGAAGAGGUCACGAGGAUGAGGGGGUUAUUUGACAAUGCUUAAACAUGCGCUAUUGUACUUAUUUUGUUAUGUACCAAAGUCGGUUUUUAAAAUUUUUAUUUGUGCUCAAUAAAUAAGCGAGUGAAUGUAUUAUAUAUGUCUUGAACUCUUGAUGUACGUGUUGUUUGUGGUCGUUAUACUCAUAACGAAGUAAAGCUAGUGUAUAGAAAAAGUUUAUUUGAUUGUAUUAUUUGAUUGUAUUACUCUUCACUUCAUCAGCAGUAUUUUAUGAAAUUUUAUUUGAUUGUUGAACUUA